AACCUGGUUUUUCUAAAAGUCAUCUAACGUUUUUUAGUGCACAGCUGUUUUUGUUUGUGUGUGUGUGUGUGUGUGUGUGUGUGUGUGUGUGUGUAUAUGUAUGUGUGUAUAUGAUCUCGUGGACGGCACCUGUGAGAUACAGCUCAACGACAGGAAGUGCUUCACACUGUUACCCUUCGCCUGUGGUGUGUGUGUGUGUGUGUGUGUGUGUGUGUGUGUUUUCUGUUUUUUUCUCUCUUGCAAUCGCAUAGAGCUGUCUCUGAUGCCACACGCCACACACCCGUCUUCAGUGCCGGUUUAGACGGUUUUCGACAUUGUAAUCCAUUGUAUUUUGGUGGAUAUGACUGCGUUAAACCGCCUGUGCCUUCUCUGAAACCAGAGGCCUUCGAGUGGACACUGCGCUGUGACAGAGACCAUGGGAAACUGUUCCUCUUACGAUUCGGACGACGGCUUCUCCUACCACCCUGACGAUGAGCUCUGCGAGCACUGCAACUGCCCCAUUCCUCCUGGGAACCAGAUCUUGUACCCGCACCCAGACAACAAGCUUCCUUUCAACCCCAACUACACUCCUCCAACCUCACCGCUUCCAGAUACCUUAGUGGUGGCCAAGUACACCUAUCAACCCUGCCAUGCUGAUGACCUGGGCUUUGAGAAAGGAGAGAAGAUGAAGAUCAUCAACGAUGAUGAUCCUGAAUGGUUCAUGGCCGAGUCUCUGUCGACGGGACAGAAGGGUUACGUGCCGCGUAACUUUGUGGCCAAGCUAAACAGCAUGGAGACCGAACCCUGGUUUUUUAAGAAUCUGUCCAGAAAUGACGCCAUGAGGCACCUCCUGGCUCCUGGCAACACUCAGGGCUCCUUCCUGAUCCGAGAGAGCGAGACCGCUCCAGGCAGCUUCUCUGUCUCGGUGCGAGAUCUGGAUCACAAUCAAGGCGACGUAAUCAAGCACUACAGAAUCCGCAACCUGGAUGCCGGCGGCUUCUACAUCACCAGCAAGAUCUCCUUCCCCACCCUGGCUGAGCUCGUCAAGCAUUACUCUCGAGAUGCAGACGGCUUGUGCACACGUCUGGUGAAGCCGUGCCAGACGCGAAUGCCGCAGAAGCCGUGGUGGCAGGACGAGUGGGAGAUUUCACGCGAGUCCCUCAAACUGGAGAGACGGCUGGGACAGGGACAGUUUGGAGAAGUCUGGAUGGGUUUGUACAAUAAUAACCGGAGAGUGGCUAUCAAGAGUCUGAAAGCGGGAACCAUGUCCAUCGGGGCGUUCCUGGCUGAAGCGAACCUGAUGAAGAACCUGCAGCACCUACGGCUCGUUCGUCUCUUCGCCGUGGUCACGCAGGAACCCAUCUACAUCGUCACAGAGUACAUGGAGAACGGCAGCCUGGUGGAUUUUCUGAAAACGCCAGAAGGAUCAAAGUUGCAGAUCAACACCCUGAUCGAUAUGGCCUCGCAGGUCGCUGAUGGUAUGGCCUACAUCGAGCAGAAGAACUACAUCCACAGAGACCUGAGAGCCGCCAACAUCCUGGUGUCUGAGGAACUCAUCUGCAAGAUCGCAGACUUCGGCCUCGCUCGGCUAAUCGAGAACAACGAGUACACAGCCAGAGAAGGUGCGAAGUUUCCCAUCAAAUGGACGGCUCCUGAAGCCAUCAACUACGGCACCUUCUCCAUCAAAUCAGACGUCUGGUCUUUUGGCAUCCUGCUGACUGAGAUCGUGACCUACGGCAGAAUUCCUUACCCAGGUAUGACCAAUCCUGAGGUGAUCCAGAACCUGGAGAAAGGCUACCGCAUGCCCCGCCCCGAUAACUGCCCCGAGGACCUGUACGUCAUAAUGAUGGAGUGUUGGACGGAAAACCCAGAGAACCGUCCCACGUUCGAAUACCUGCGCAGCGUCCUGGAAGACUUCACCACGGCAACCGAGCGCCAGUAUCAGGAGCAGCCUUACUGAGGAUCGGCCACGGUUUCAAAAAAGACUGAUUAUUAUCCGUAUAUAUGAUCUUUUCUUCGCCUUACAUGGUGUACAUAACCUACUGAGAUCCCAGAUUGAGGACGAUGGAGUCUCUUAUUAUAUUUCUUUUCUUCUGAUGGUGAUUAUUGCAUGUGUUUUAUUUUUUUUUUCUUCACAAAAUUUGCUCUUUGUAUGUAAUCCCGUGUUGAACAUGUCUGUGUUUAGCUUAACUGCCUAUAAAUAGUCCAAAUAAAAUGAUGAUUUUUCA